UCUAACCAACCGGCCUCGCCUCACCCUUUCCCUCUCUCGAAAGCUUUCGGGUUCGGGCCGUUCGUCCGCCUCUCCCUCUUCCAAGCCUGCUCUUUCUCCUCUCAAAAUCACGAAAAGCUUUCACCCCGAUUGAGAGAGCUUAGGGUUUGCCUUUUGUGUUCGUUCUCUAAUCUCCACUUCUAUUUAUCUUCGAGCCGGCGCCUGCUCGCCUGCUCGCCUGCUCGCCUGCUCGCCUGCUCGGUAUCAUUGCUUGAUUGCUCAUUUUCUGCUGGGAUGGGCUUGUGGACCUUGCUGGAAGGAUUCCUGCUUCUUGCAAAUGCAUUGGCUAUCUUAAAUGAGGACAGAUUUCUGGGUCCAAGAGGAUGGAGUUUCUCAGAGGUUUCGGCAGGUGGCCGAACAAAAUCUCUCAAGGGGCAACUCAUAGGGCUUAUAUAUGCAACUCAAUACUUGAGAGUUCCUCUUAUCAUCUUGAACUUAAUCAUCGUGGUUGUGAAGUUAGUUUCAGGAUGAGAUGUGAGGUAAUUUGUGAGUUCUAUGCCAUGUAGGGUUGUUCAUACUAUGUGGUCAUCAAAAUGAUCCAAAAUGCUUUAUAUUUUGUUUUUUUUGAAGUUAUUUAUCCUUUUUAGAAGCCCUUAAUGAAAGUACAAAGUGCCUGCUCUUACAUGUGCGUAUAUUAGGCACAUAUCUUGUUUGUUAACAUGUUCUCAGUUGUUAAAAAAUAUUUUCGGUUGCUUUCCACA